AUCCCAAGUUUGUCCUUGUCUGCAGCUCGUGAUUGCAUGAAUUCUGCACGAUACAGUAUUCCGUGCUGAACAAUAAAGGACAAUUAUGUAAAACCCAUACUGUAGCUUUAGAAAUUGACAGCUAAUAACUGUGAGAGCCUCUGACCACUCUGCACCUCGACUAAAUGAGCACUAGAUUGCAGCAUGAAGAGCUCUAAGCUGGACGAAACGUUCGUGGGGGACGAGCAUGGCUACAGCGGCGCGUCAGCACCGCGUGGUCAUGGUCAGCGACUUCUUCUACCCCAACUUUGGCGGAGUAGAGAACCACAUCUACCAACUCUCGCAGUGCCUUAUCCACCAGGGCCAUAAGGUGGUUGUGGUGACUCACGCAUACGGAGACUGCUUGGGCGUGAGGUACCUCACCAAUGGGCUCAAGGUCUACUACCUGCCCCGCCUGCCAUUCUACCAGCAGAGCUCCUUCCCCAGCCUGCUGGGCUGGGCGCGGCUACUGCGGGCCAUCUGCAUGCGCGAGCGCGCCACGCUGCUGCACGGACACCAGGCCUUCUCCACCCUGGCUCUGGAGGCUUGCAUCCACGCCAGCAGCCUCGGGCUCAAGGUGGUGUUUACGGACCACUCGCUGUUCGGCUUCGCGGACGCCGGAUCCAUCCUGCUCAACAAGGUGCUGAAGGCGGUCCUGGGCGCGGACGUGCACGGCGUCAUCUGCGUCAGCCACACCAGCAAGGAGAACACGGUGCUGCGCGCCUGCCUGCCGCCCGCCGCGGUGGCAGUCAUCCCCAACGCCGUGGACACGUCGCAGUUCACGCCCGACCUGUCUAUGGGCGCGUUGCCCUGGCCGCGCGACCCCGAGGCGGAGGAGGUGGUGCUAGUGGUGCUGUGCCGCCUGGUGUACCGCAAGGGCAUCGACCUGCUGAGCCUGGUGCUGCCGGCGGUGUGCGAGCGCCACCCGCAUGUGCGAGUGCUGGUGGGCGGCGACGGACCCAAGCGACAGCUACUGGAGAAGGUGAUUGCGGACCACGGGCUGCAAUCACGUGUUUUGCUGGAGGGCGCUGUGCCGCACGAGCGAGCGCGGGACUUCAUGGUGCGCGGCCACGUGUUUGUGAACGCCAGCCUGACGGAGGCGUUCUGCAUGGCGCUGGUGGAGGCGGCGGCGGCGGGGCUGGUGGUGGUGUCCACCGCGGUGGGUGGAGUGCCGGAGGUGCUGCCGCCUGACAUGAUCGUGCUCACGGACCCGUCCGCGGAGGGGCUGCUGGAGGGCAUCGAGCGCGCCAUCCAGCGUGUGCCACAUCAGCGCCCCCUGGAGCAGCACCUGCGCGUUCGGCAAAUGUACGACUGGAAUGACGUAGCUUGCCGGACCGCGGCGGUGUACGACCGUGUGGCGGCCUCGUGCCGUGACGACAGCGUGCCCGCCCGCUUGGGCAGGUACUUAGCCGCGGGGCGCUGGGUUGGGGCGCUGUUUGGGGUGGUGGCGCUGAUGAGCGUGCUGCUGCUGCGCCUGGCGCAGUGGUGGCAGCCCGCCAGCGCCAUUGACGUCGCGCCCGACUGGCCCGCGCGGCACUCGCAAGCCACAUGUGGUGGUGGCGGUGGUGGCGGCACUGGCGCGCCUAACAACAUGCAAGAGGCCACGCCUGAUGUGCAGCGAAUGAGAAGUGGCAAACAGGCAGCGGGUAAGGGGGCGGUACAAGAAGGAUGGCAAGCCCCUGGUGGCACCGCCAAGCGAGUGUAGGGAUGCAUUGGAACCCAGCAGCGUACGCUGUGCAAUGCGCGCAAGCAUUCUGCAGACGAAAUACUAACCACCACAGAGUUCCUGCUGUAUGGGUAACAGCUGCGCCCUAGCCAGAGUAGGUAUUGCUGACAUUAAUCAACGGCCGAGUCAGGAGGUAUUCGUGGUUGAUACCCUCUCAUGUUUACAUUGGUGGCCAAUAUGGUAGCGCUCGAGUGUGGGCGUGGUGUUUGAGACGCCAAUGACCGCUGUCCAUGCAGCGCCUAUUGACGUGUGCCGCCACUCAUGCAACGCCACUGUACGUGCAUUGCUUGAAUGCUUUCGAAGAACUUGCGCAAGCGUAGAAUUAUUCGCCGGUUGAUAUCUAUCCGUGGUAAUGGUGCAAAAACUGUUGUUUGUGUGCGUGUGUGUGUGUGUGUUAAAGAGCACAAGGAGAAGGUUGCGCAAAGACAGUGUAUGCGAUGCAGCAAAGCGACGGUUUACGGAUGUUACCUGAAGUUACC